CACACUGCCUAAAACGCUAAAACACGCCUAAAGAAAAGUGGCAAAGAUGCUUCUCGCUAUCUUGUUCAUUUUUUCUUUCCUUUUCUCCUCCUCCAAUGCAUUAGUGGGAGACUUCUGCGUUGCAGACUUAAAAGGUCUUCAAAGCCCUGCAGGCUACUCAUGCAAGACAGCAGUCACGGUAGAUGAUUUUGUUUUCUCAGGCCUCGCUGCUGCAGGCAACACCUCAAACCUCAUAAAAGCUGCUGUAACGCCAGCAUUUGUUGCUCAAUUCCCUGGUGUUAAUGGACUUGGCCUUUCCAUGGCUCGUUUGGAUUUGGCUGUUGAUGGAGUGGUGCCUAUGCAUACACACCCUGCGGGUUCAGAAAUCCUCCUUGUCGUUCAAGGGUCAAUUUGUGCUGGAUUCAUAUCCUCGGCCAAUGUAGUUUACUUCAAAUCUCUCAAAAGGGGUGAUAUUAUGGUUUUCCCACAAGGUUUACUGCAUUUUCAAUUCAAUGCAGGUAAAAGUCCGGCGGUGGCAUUUGUAUCUUUCAGUAGUCCAAGCCCUGGUCUCCAGAUCCUGGACUUUGCCUUGUUUGCAAAUGAUUUGCCCUCUGACAUUAUAGUAAAGACAACUUUCCUCGACAAAGCUCAGGUUAAGAAGCUCAAGGCCGUUCUUGGAGGAACUGCUUAAGCUAUCUAAAUGUGCGGACAGUCUUUUUCUCUUCCUCAUUUUUGUGCUUCCAUGGUUUCUUGUCAUGUUAAGAAGUCCGGAAGCACAAUUGUCUUCCAGUCAACGGUAGUUAAUUUCUUUUACUAGCAAAAACAGUGUAGUUGUGCUUCUUUGUAUACCUUCUCCAAGUUCAAGUGCCUUUUGGUAGCGUGCAUUUCAGCACUCAAAUCUCUAAUAAAAAAACCAUUCCCUGAAGGCAAA